UUCAAUAUCCCUACUUUUCACACAUUCAAAGCUCUCUUCUUUCCUUUUCUUCUCCUUGUUUCAUCAUUUGUUUAAAAAAAACCCAUUUCCCCCACUUUUUUUUUUUUGGCUGAUUUCAGUCAGAAACAUCAAAUUCCUCUUGGGUUGUUCUUAUAAAAAGCAAAUCUGUUUCUGACAUUGGUUUGAUUCCUUUGAUAAAAAGAACCCAUCUUCUCGUCUUAUGUUCCAAUUUUUUUCUCAGUUAAAAAACAAAGAUCAGCUAUUCCCCUGUUCUGGCGCUGUUUAUUGUUCGGGUAUUUUCUUCAAAGUCAAAUGGGGUUCUCCGAAAAGCCACGAAAUGAUGGAAGAUUAGAGAAUGAAGGGAAGAAAUGGGUGAUAACCGGCAUACCUUCAUUGAAGCCAAUUAACACAAAACCAAGUGAAGAAGAAGCAACAGCAGCUUGUUCAACAACUCCAACUUCAAAAGAAUCAAAGAUAGCAGACAGAUUGCCUUGUCCACCACCUCUAACAAAGCGUAAGCCGCCUUUAAGAUGCCACCGUAAUGGAGUUAGAGAGUUCUUUAAUCCUCCUGAUUUUGAAGCACUUUUCAACUCCCAUUUUCACAAUGCCAUUGACUUCCAAACUAGCUUUUCUUUUUAAGAUUUUUUUCUCUUGUGGGGGGUUAGUAAUUCCUUCUCUAAUCAUUAUAUUGGAGAGGAGUUGAAGUUGUACAAAGAUAUAAUCUUGUUUUCAAUGAGAAACCUUUAUGUAUCUGUAACGAGAAGUGCUUUAGUUGUUUGAUUUGAACAUUGGCGAUUAAAAGAGUAAUAGGGAUAUGAAAUUAACUUCUUUUUAUAAGGAUUGUUUAGUUAAAGAAUUUGUACAGUAGUUGAUUGAGUUUAAACUUAACUAAUAUAAA